AUGACUUCCGAUGAUAAUAACCAAGUGGUCAAUGAAGUGAAAGAUUACUAUCGACUCUACAAAAGUGGCCGUGUUGAGCGUUUCUACGAGGUGCACGGCUCCUUCUAUGUACCACCAUCGCCACAAAUCCCAUCAAGCGGCGUAUUCUCCAAAGAUGUCACAAUCUCCCCCCACGUCUCUGCUAGACUCUACCUCCCGGAGAACAUUCCUAAUUCCCGAAAAAUCCCCGUGUUAGUAUAUUACCACGGGGGCGGACUUGUCAUAGAAUCCGCCUUCUUCAACAGGAUGCAUGCAUACGUUAACUCUUUAGCUUCUGAAUUAAAUGUCGUUGUUGUUUCUGUAGAGUACCGAUUAGCCCCAGAAGUUGAUGUGCCAACAAUUUACGAAGAUUGUUGGACUGCACUUCAAUGGAUCGCUUCACAUGCUGAUGAAAAUUUGUCUAGUGUUGAUAAUAAUAAUGAUUCGUGGUUAACGAAUUUUUGUGAUUUUAGUAAAGUGUUUGUAGUUGGGGACAGUGCUGGUGGCAAUUUAGUGUACCACAUGACUAUGAGGGCCGGCAAAGAAGGUUUGAAUAAUGAUAUGAAAAUUACUGGAUCAAUUUUUGCGUAUCCUUAUUUCUUGUUCCCAAAUGUUGAAAUCGAUGAAGAGGGUUUGGCUAAUAAGAUAUGGGGAUACAUUUGUCCACCACUAGAGUGUGGGGUAUUAUCCCCAAUUGAUAGUCCAUUAAUUAACCCGCUUUCUAAAAAGGCUCCGUCUCUAUCGAGGCUAGGUUGUUUGAGGAUUUUGGUGUGUAUGGGAAAAAAAGAUGAUAUAAUUCCUCUGGAGAUUGGGGUUCGAUUUGUUGAAGGUGUGAAGGAGAGCGGAUGGGACGGAGAAGUGGUGUAUCUUGAGGUUGAUGACGGACAUGCCUUUCAGAUGUAUAAACCUGAAUCAGACGAGGCUAAACGUAUGAUGAAGUGUUAUGCUGAUUUCAUUCAUCGCGAGUGUUGA